AAAAAUCCUAUAGUUCCCGUAUACUAUGUACCCAAUAUACAGCUAUUCCGGGGCAAUCUUUUUCAACGUAGAGCCAUUUAAAAGCACAGAGCUUCUUCCUCCAAUUCAAUAAUUCAACCCACUUUGCAUCCGAAUCUCCACCCCAAAUCCCCAUCCAUGAACCUCCCGGACUUCUUCUCCGACGCCGCCGCCGGCACCAACCGCCCUUCCCCGCGAAAGGAGGUCCAGCUGCAUGGCCCACGCCCCACCGCCCUCAAAGUCAACAAAGACUCCCUCAAAAUCCGAAAACCCCCCAUCGCCCCGCCGCCGCCGGAAAACCGCCAGCCCAUCAUCAUCUACGCCGUCCCCCCCAAAGUCAUCCACACCACCGUCAACGACUACAAAAGCCUCGUCCAGCGCCUCACCGGAAACGCCUCCACCUCCUCCUCCCCCUACGCCGGUGGGGCCCUCUCCCCCGCUGCCAGGCUGGCAUCUCUAGAGAAAACCACUUCUCCCAAAGAGAGAGAUCCCUCCGCCGACGCCGGAAAUUUCGCCGUCGGCGAUUUCGUCGGAGAAACCAACGUGGAGAUGGGGGCGCUUCCCGGAAUUUUGUCGCCGGCGCCGGGGAGUUUUCCGGCGAUUUCGCCGGGAUUCUUUCUGCCGUCGCCGGGGCUAUUUUCGCCGGCGAAUUGGGAUCCGUUCAAUAUGUUCAUCCCGAGCCCGUCAACGCUCUUCACGGCGCCGAUGGUGUCGCCGUCGCCGUCGUCUUGCGAUUUGUUCAACACAUUCUUUGACUUUUAGUUCGCUAGUGGAACUCAAAAUAUCUUCUUUUUUUCUUUUUCUUUUUUUAAUUUUUAUGAUUAUUAAAUUAGAUAAAUUGCAUUAACCAUGUGUCUUUUUAGCUAAUAAGUUUUUCUAGAGAGAGAAUGUGGAAAAAGAGGGGUUUUGGAUAGAGAGAGGAAACUUCUUGGAUGACACUUUGUCUUUAAUUUUGGAGAUUGUUAUUUAUGCCAAAAUUGGCUUUCGAUAAGAAUGCAAUAUUGUUUGUUA